AUGAAAGUGUUUUGUUUCACCACAUACUACCCCUCGACUAUCUACGAGGUUGUACGCUUCCAUCGGUGGGCGAACGAAAUCGCUGGAAUGACGUUCCAUCGAAUCUCGGGACAACCAGACCAACUUGAGCUCCAAGUCACUAUACCGCGUCUGUUGAACUUCAUCCGAUUGCUGUUGAUGGAAGCGAUGGUCUUCAUAGUGUACUCCAGAAUCCUGCUGAACACUGAACACAAAGAUUCUGUCAUUUUGGAUUACGGUCCACCGCUCUGUGUGGCCGCAACCAUCUUCAACAUCAUUGUGGUUACUGUCGUAAAUGCUUUGACAUACCGAUCGUUUAUUCAAAUGUUCGGAAAGCUCUAUGCGGUAGAUAAUCAAUUUGAGGCGCUCAAAAGUAAUCUCGAUCAUACAGCUCAACAACGGUUUAUCUUACGGGCGUCGGUAGUGUAUAUACUAAUAUUGAUCACAACAGAAUUGGUGACCAACGCUCUUCUCGUUGUGGAAUCUGACGAGCGAAUGGGCACACUCUUCCUCGCCUUUUGCCGAUUUAUUCUUAACACAGUGUACUUGCUCAUAUUCGGCAGCCACACGUUGCCAAUCUAUCUAAUCUAUAAGCGCUAUCAACACAUCAAUCAUCUGAUCUCUCUCAAAUUCGAUACCUCCAACCGAAAGCAGUUCAUCUGGAUCAAGGAGAUGGUGUUGCACUCGAGUGACCGGAUCGAUACAAUCCAAAAGCUUGCCAACAUUCACGCCGAGCUUACCGAAGCGUUGGACCUUUUUUGCGAGUCCCAGUGGAUUCAGCUUAUUCUGGGUUCGCUAAAUGGAGUUUUCUUCACCACCUUCAAUAUCUUCUUGCUGUACCGAUCAGUGCUCAGUGGCGAGCGUUUUCUCGUUCUCGUGAACCUACAAAAUUGUCUUCUGAACGUGUACUAUGCAGCUCUUUACGUGUCACUGGUCUUCCAGAAUACCACCGUUACGUGGGAGGCGAAAAAGACGAUUGGACUCGUGUACAAAGUGCUUAACAACACAACCAGGGAUGUCCGGAUGGUGGCGGCCUUGAGGCUAGUUGCAAGGCAGCUUCAUGCUAAAACUGCUGCCGUCAAGUUGAGAUUUAACGACGGUGACGUCCGUGUUUUGUUCUCGGCCGUGGGGGCAAUCAGUACCUACUUGGUGAUAUUGUUUCAGUUCGAUCAGACGACGGUAACUGGCAAUAAUGGUAUCUAA